AUGUCGUCAUGGAAACCAAAGGGAAACAGGAAACGAGAAGAGACGCAGACUCACAAACAAAAUACCCCGUUUGCAGCGUUCGCUCGUCGUUCCCUACGCCAAGAUUCUGAAAUCUCCGGCGUUCCACGCACAACUCCUCUGCCAAUUCGUGAUCAACUCGGUUGUGACACUCCUCCAAAUCUACCUCCCGCUCUACUUCAAAGACGUCCUUCAUUUGGGCGUCAUUGCCGUCAGUUUAGCGUUUUUGAGGCUCGCCGCUCGUAACGCAGUAUUGUCGUUUUCAGAACGGAACCUACACAUCGGUGCCGAACAUUGUCAACUUUGCCCUGAAAAUCGUCUGGGGCAUCACAAUCGAUCGGGCGAAAGAGCGCAAAACUGUGAGCGGAACGUUUGCGGUCAAGCUGUCACAGUCUAUAGGUGCGUGUUUAGUGCUCACAAGAUGCUCAAAAAUCUUUAACGAUUUCAGCCAACUUCGGAGGCGCUCUUUUCCUGAUUCUCAUCGCGUACUUUGUGGAUUGCACCAACCCGACCACCGGAUUCUUGUUCUUCUGUCUAAUGUGAGCGCUUUAAACGAUUAUUUGAGACGGUUAUGAAACGGUAAAACUUUUGCAGGUACGGUUGCAUGGGCACUCUUGUCAGCGGCUUCUACACUUCGCUUCUCUCGCUGGCGCCCAAGUACACGGCCACCAUGUCAUCGAUUUCGGUGUUUUGUGCAAUGAUGGGACGACUCUCCACGCCAGCCAUUGUCGGACUCAUCAAGAAAGAGGUAAAACUAAAUAUCUAUCGAUGUUCGCUAGAAGAUCGAUUCGAAAAUGCUGCUCAACACGGUCUUCGAAAUGAUUUUUAGGCUCUUGUCGAUACGUUUGAAAGUUUUUAACCGAACAGAAAUGGCGCUCUGUUGAGAAACUCGUUUUGCGCAGUGCAAAUUGAGCGACCUCGGGGCCGAGUUUGAAAAGUUAUUAUAGGGGCACCGGACAGAAAGGGCGCGCUGUUCGCAAUCUGGCCGAAUUUCUAGGCCGCGAAGUAAUUUUCCACUGAAAACGUGGCCUAAAUUUUCAAACUCGGCCCCGAGGUCGCUCAAUUUGCACUGCGCAAAAAGAGUUUCUCAACAGAGCGCCAUUUCUGUGCGGUGCCCCUAUAUAAUAUCGGCGUUCGCUAGAAGAUCGAUUCGAAAAUGCUGCUCAACACGGUCUUCGAAAUGAUUUUUAGGCCCUUGUCGAUACUUUUGAAAGUUCUCUGUUUCAUGUGGCACAUAUUCUUUUCAAUUUAUUGCUCAAGCUUGUUACAGUUAUCAGCGAAGUGCCUCUUAUCAGUGUUCUGUCGAAACACGCUAAAAAAGAUCAUUUUAAGGGCCAUAAUCUGAUUUUUAUGUGAAUAUUAUCUAGUAAUCCCCCCGUAAGCUCGGCCUUUUGUAGUCACAAAUCGUGUUUCAGUUUCCUGUCUUUAACAACUUUCGCCAAAGUGACACUGAUUAUGCUGAUCAUUUUAUUUUGCAGAACACGCUCUCAGAAUGGCGGACGCUUUUCCUGGUGUGCGCCGUCGCCAACAUCAUCUGCGGAACCGUGUUCUUGAUUUUCGGAUCCGGUAUGAUCAUCAAACCCGCCCGGUAUUAUCAAAGGGUUUGAAUCGUUCAGGCGAACUCCAAGAAUGGGGAAUGGAAGACGAGGUGAAGGAAAUGAAGACGAUCGAAGCGGAGAAAACCCCGUUGGCCAGUAUGCAGAAUCUUCCGGAUUCCGAGGACAACGACGUGUUCCAGUCGGCCCUCGACAUGGACGUUCCCGAGAUUUACCUCAACGAAAUCACGCUGACCACCGAGGAGCGCGAGCGGUUCAAACGACGCAUUCGCGAGGAUUCCAUGUGCUUAUAA